AUGUCGCGGCCCGAGCAUCUGGCGCCGCCAGAGAUCUUCUACAAUGACACCGAGGCGUCAAAGUACACAGCAAACACACGAGUGCAGAUGAUUCAAGCUGAAAUGACCGAGCGAGCUAUCGAGUUGCUUAUGCUUCCGGAGCACCGCAAGCCGGCUCUUUUGCUGGAUAUCGGCUGCGGCUCCGGACUCUCCGGCGAAAUCAUUACGGAACACGGUCACGAAUGGAUUGGCUUCGACAUCUCUCCGUCCAUGCUCGAAGUUGCUCUCGAAAAGGAAACAGAAGGUGAUCUGCUGCUCGCUGACGCAGGUCAAGGGUGCGGGUUCCGAGCCGGAUCCUUUGACGGCGCCAUCUCAAUUUCGGUGCUCCAAUGGCUCUGCAACGCAGACGCCACCUCGCACAACCCUGCCCAGCGUCUCAUGUCGUUUUUCACCACACUCUACUCAUCCCUCUCCCGCGGCUCGCGCGCCGUGUUCCAGUUCUACCCGGAAUCCGACGACCAGGUCAAGUUCAUCAUGCAGUUCGCCACGCGCGCCGGGUUCGGAGGCGGCCUGGUGGUCGACUAUCCCAACUCGAAAAAGGCCAAGAAGUUCUACCUGGUGCUGUGGGUGGGUGGCGAGAUGAUGGUCGGUCCCAACGGGCAGACGAGCAAGCAGCUGCUGCCCCAGGGGUUGACGCACGAGCACGAAGACGGUGUUGAGGCGGCAGGCACCAACGCGGUCAAGUACGAGAAGCGCCGACUGGAUCGCGACAGGAAGGGCGGCAAGAAGGGCAAGAAGCGUAGCGGCGAGACCGCAAAGGAGUACAUCGUGAGGAAGAAGGAGCUCAACAAAAAGAGGGGCAAGGAGGACGUGCCGCUCGAUAGCAGAUACACUGGAAGACGCAGAAAGGGCGCUUUCUGA